UAGACAAUUAUGUCAAUGUCCUCCUCACUCUCUGAGAUAUCUAGUCAGAAUACAAUAAAAAAAUUGGAGAAAAAUGAUUGGUCUUCUAGCCAUGAAGUUGACAAUUGUUUGGAAGCAAUGAUUCCUGAUGGGGCAAUUGUUGCUAUCCAGGAUGUCAACCAACACAUGUAUUUUACAGUUGAAGGUGAAGAAAAGACUUUCAGAGUAGGUGGUGUCAUUCAUUAUUCUCUGGUAGGAGAAAGGGCUCUUUUCAGGGUCAAACAUUGUCCUCAAAGGGGGUGGAAUUCUACAGUUUUGUGGUUUUCCUUUAUAUCAUUGUUUGCUAAGAAUGAUAUGGGUGUUCCGUUGAGAUUAAAUUUUCGACCAGGAUCUUGUUUUGUUGACAUCUGUUGUGNUAAUGAUGGAGGAUGUGCACUCUGGAGAGCCAAUCCUGCUCAGGGCGAAAAUGAUGUAGGAUUCAUUGACUCAGAGAUUAACGAUCAAUCCCUAAAGAGGACUUUCUACCUUGUGAACAGAAAGAACGACUCUGCUAUUGCUUUUGUAGAUGGUGCUUUAGAGUUUGUCAAGAAGCCUGGAAAUCCAAUCAAGUUCAAAAUUUUUAAUGAUAUUACUGCUNCUCAUAGUGCUUCGGAGAUAGCUAGCUAUCCUAGAAUGGCUACGGAAACUACUCUAUACACAGAUGAAGAAAGUACUUCCUGGCAGGGUGGAAAGCUUCCGUGUAUUAAUAUUAAAGUUGAAAAAGUUUCUCUGAAUAUUGUUCAUGAACUUUCAGAUACGGAGUAUCUCUUCCCUCUCAUUUGUUUGCUCCUGAACAGUACACAACUCAAUAUACAAACAUUAGCAAAGAAAUCCAGGGUCAUUGGCACAUCAAGUGCAGAAGCACAUUAUUUUGAUGUUGAAAGAAACUUAUGGGGAGAACUUCUCCAUCCUGUGGAAAUUUGCCUUUUUUACCGAUCUGACAUGGAAGCUCAACUUUCAGAAAAUAGAUCUCAUGCUGUGCCUGUUAAUUACUUCUGCAGAAUGAAAGAGCUGGAUGUUUUCUUGAAUGAGAAUUCAUUGGACGUGCUUCUCUUUUUGAUUGGGAAAUUGAAUCUAUCUGGUCCUUACUCACUUCGAUACUCCAUCAUUCAAGCUAACUGCUGCAAGGUGGAAAAUGAAACAGGCUUAAAUCUUCAUGUUCACUUUGACCAGCAAAGUAUAAUAAUACCCAGAAAGCAAUCUGCGUCCAUUCUAUUAAGGGGGGUCUCUAAUUUCAAAAAUCAAGAUUCAGAAGCAACUUCUAUUUCUAUCCAACUUACUGAUCUUGGUUCAUUUGCAACUUCUUCUAAUAAUGUCUUACUUUCACGAACACAGACUCUUGCUUGGAGAACUCGGAUAAUGUCUACAAAAGGUUCAACAACUUUCCCCGGGCCAAUAUUUGUGGUUAACAUUACCAGAAAUUCAGAGGUUGGCCUGUUGGUUGUUGUUUCACCCUUGAUUAGAAUCCAUAAUGGAACUGGAUUUUCAAUGGAACUUCAAUUCCAGCGGCUUGAGCCAAAGGAAGAUGAGUUUGCAUCUCUGUUGUUAAGACCAGGGGAUUCUAUUGAUGAUUCUAUGGCUAUGUUUGAUGCCAUAAACUUCUCUGGGGGAGUAAAGAGGGCUUUAAUUUCUCUGAGUGUUGGUAACUUCUUAUUUUCAUUUAGACCCAAAAUAGCAGAGGAGCUGAUUAAUUCUGAAAGUUCUCUUUCUUUGGGAUGGUCGGAUUAUAUUAAAGGUGGAAAAGCUGUUCAUCUAUCAGGAAUAUUUAAUAAAUUGAACUACAGAAUUCGCAAGGCAUUAUUUGAAAAAUCAGUCAAGUAUUCCUUUAGCACAUCAUGUUGCACGCUCAAGUCUGAGGGGAAGAGUAUUGCAAAUAUGCAUUUUCUCAUUCAAACAAUUGCUACAGAAAUCCCUGUUGUACCCGAAAAGUCUGCUGCUGUGUUGAAAAAUGAUAAUCCAACAGUUUCAUUGCUAGAAAAGAAAGAAAUAUAUCUUCUUCCUACUGUGCGGAUGACUAAUUUAUUGCAUUCUGAGAUAGAUGUCAUUCUAAGUGAAACAGAUCAGUCAAAUCUGGUUGGAUAUGACAAAAUUGGGAAGCAGGCAGUUAUAUCAUGUGGUUCCACAGUUGACUUUUAUGCCAAUCCAGAAGUUAUAUACUUCACUGUGUCUCUACCUUCUGCCAAUUCAAGUUCCAAGCCAGUAAAUAGUGGAGACUGUAUGAAAAAGUUUCUGAAGCAGAACAAUGAUGUCCAUCAUCUGGAUAUAAAUUUGGACUUUGGAGGAAAGUUUUUUGCAACCUUGAGAUUGUACCGUGGAAAUAGGGGCGUUCUGGAGGUUGUCAUUUUUACAUCCUAUUCCAUUAAGAAUGAUACAGACUUUCAAAUUUUUGUUCUUGAAACUAAAAGAUCUCCUUUAUCCAGAAUUGAAUUAGAGAACUUAAAUCCGGGUGUUCCUUCAGAGCUAGGUUUAUGUUUGCCACCAAAGUCGACUACUUCAUGGUUCCUGAAAUCUGAAAGAGUGCUUCUGAAAUUGCUGGAGGACCAUACAUCUGAGGCAUUGCUUGACUUUGGUUCUCUAUCCGGCCUUGCAGAGAUAAGCUUUGAAAAAGAAGAGGGUUCUGGAUUUAAAUCAGUAACAAAGCUUGGAAUUUCUAUAGGUCCUUCUUUAGGAGAAAUUGCUGUGCCAUCACAAAUGGUGACCUUGGUUCCACGAUAUGUAAUUUGCAAUGAAUCUGAAGAAUGUAUCACCAUUCGCCAAUGCUAUUUACAGGAUGAGGUGGCAGGUGUUAUUUCCAUUAGCAGCAAACAGCGAAUGCCACUACAGCUGAAGGAAGGAUUUAAAAAGAUGAGAGAGUUCAGUGUAUUUGAGCAUUUUAUCAGAAAGCACAGAAGUUCUAGUGACAAUUCCUUGUUAUAUGUUCAGAUUCAAUUAAAUGAGGCUGGACUGGGAUGGUCUGGGCCAGUUUGCAUAGCCUCUCUAGGACAUUUUUUCCUGAAAUUCAGAAAACAGACUAAUGAAGUUACAAUAUCAGACAACAAAAUGACACAAUUCGCAGCUGUGCAUGUGGUGGAAGAAGGUUCUACACUUGUAUCAAGGUUCUACAGGCCCCCAACUAUGAGCCUGCCUUAUCGAAUUGAGAAUUGUUUGCAAAGUCUAUCAAUAACUUACUAUCAAAAGGGUUUGUUGGAACCAGAAGUUCUUGGACCUGCAUGCAGUGCUGAUUAUGUAUGGGAUGAUUUAACCCUUCCUCGAAGAUUGGUUAUCUGCAUCAAUGAUAGCCUUCAAUUACGUGAGAUUAAGUUGGAUAAGGUGCGAGCAUGGAAACCAUUUUUUAAACUUGGGCAGCAAAGGUUAUUAGCUCCCCGUUUGCUUUUAGACAGAAGAUCAAGAGAUCAGAUGAUGAGUUUCAGUCGUCAUAAUGGCCUGGAAAUGGAAAAAGUGGGGUAUGAAAUAUAUGCAGAGGGUCCAACCAGGGUUUUACGAAUUUGUGAGAUCCAUAAUAGUUUCAAGAUGGAUACAAUUCUUGAUUUGUGUGCAAAAGUUCAAUUGAGAGUUUCUCAGUUUGCAAUUCACCUACUUGAACAUGUAAAACAGGAGGAAGACAACAAUGAGUACAAAGAUUUUACUCCAAUUGUAAUUGCAAAGCUUGGGAAUCUGCACGUGAUUACUGUUUCUAAUAAUAAUCAAACAUAUAACCAAUUCAGUUUACAGUACAUGAAUUUGGAGCUUAAGUGGAAUGGAGCUCCUUUUGCAUCAAUGCUUCGCAGACAUCAACUAGAUUACAGUGACUCAAAUGAUAGUGUACUAAAGGUUGUUUUUGUUGUACUUACGUCAUAUACCAACGUUAAGCAGUUUAGAUACUCAUCAAUUUUUCUUCAGCCGAUUGAUUUGAAUCUUGAUGAGGAGACAUUGAUGAAAGUUGCGUCAUUUUGGAGAACUUCUCUUAGUGACUCUGAGAGUCAGCGAUUUUACUUUGACCAUUUUGAAAUCCAUCCAAUAAAGAUCAUUGCAAGCUUUAUCCCUGGGGAAUCACGUUCAAGUUACAACUCAGCGCAGGAGGCUUUGAGAUCCUUAAUUCAUAGUGUGAUAAAGGUACCUCCCAUAAAAAAAUUGGUAGUAGAAUUGAAUGGGGUCCUGAUUACCCAUGCUCUGAUAACAAUACGUGAAUUAUUUAUUAAAUGUGCACAACAUUAUUCAUGGUAUGCAAUGAGGGCCAUAUAUAUUGCUAAAGGAAGCACUUUGCUUCCCCCAGAUUUUGUUUCUAUUUUCGAUGACUUGGCUUCAUCAUCCCUUGAUGUAUUCUUUGAUCCAUCUCGUGGAUUGGCAAAUCUUCCCGGACUCACCUUAGGUACUUUUAAAAUUAUAAGUAAAUGUAUCAAAGGUAAAGGUUUUUCAGGGACAAAACGGUACUUUGGUGAUUUAGGGAAAACUUUGAGAUCAGCAGGCUCCAAUAUUGCUUUUGCUGCAGUAGCUGAAAUAUCAGACUCUGUUCUGAAAGGUGCAGAGGCAAAUGGUUUCAAUGGAUUGAUGAGUGGCUUCCACCAAGGAAUUCUAAAAUUGGCUAUGGAACCAUCAGUUCUCGGAACUGCAUUGAUGGAAGGUGGCCCCGAUCGAAAAAUAUUGCUUGAUCGAAGUCCAGGAGUUGACGAGUUAUACAUUGAAGGAUAUAUCCAAGCCAUGCUGGAUGCAGUUUAUAGACAAGAAUACCUUAGAGUCAGAGUUAUUGACAAUCAGGUUAUCCUGAAAAACCUACCUCCAAAUCAUUCCCUUAUCAAUGAGAUAACAAAUCGUGUUGAGGAGUUCCUUGUGAGCAAGGCAUUACUUAAAGGAGAUCCGUCAACCACAUCCCGCCCUUUGAGCCGUCUUCGCGGAGAAAGUGAAUGGAGAAUAGGACCGACAGUCUUGACAUUGUGCGAACAUCUUUUUGUAAGCUUUGCAAUACGCAUACUGCGAAAGCGAACUAACAAGUUUAUAUUCGGCAUCAACUGGGGAAUGAAGUCCGAGGUUGGCAGUCACGCAGAUGUGCCAGCGAAUUCUAGUCAAAAGGUGCAGAAAGUGAGUUUCAUUCGAAAAUGGGAUCGGCAAAUUUGUCUUGUCUGGCUUAUUGGCAUAUAUUGAUGGUCGUCUAUGUCGUGGCAUUCCCAAUCCUGUAGCACGGAGAGUAGUUAGUGGUUUUCUAUUGAGUUAUAUUGAUCAAAAUGAUGAUGAGUAAAUUCUACUAUUGUCAAUAA